CGUUUAGCAUUUUCGGCGGGUUGUUUUGGGGAUUGGCGCUCCAGAAUCGUCCAUCUCUCUCGGCCCAAAAAUAAGCCACCGAGGUGGGGCGGCCAACCAGAGCCCUCGUGCUAUAAACACGACUUCCGUCCUCUUCCCCGCCGCUUAGGACUAGGGCACGCUCCACGGUCGCCCCGCGUUUCCUUUGCUCUGUCCGCCCUACCCUCUCCCUACAUCUCUCCCCCUCUUACCAUCGAGAAUCUUCAGGUGACACAAUGGCAACUGUUACCAUCCCUACUUCUUGCUUGGUCAAAAGCAGCAUCAGAAGCCAGAGCCCUGUUAUGCUGAUGAAGAGCCCAUCCUUGCUGAGCUCAGUAAAGUGCAUCUCAAAGGCAUCCAGUCUGAAGAUAUCUAACCGUUUCAGGGCAUCUGCAAUGGCUGUAUACAAGGUGAAGCUCAUUGGGCCAGAGGGGCAGGAGCAUGAAUUUGAAGCUCCAGAUGACACUUACAUUCUGGAUGCAGCUGAGACGGCAGGAGUGGAGCUGCCUUACUCAUGCAGGGCUGGGGCAUGCUCAACUUGUGCUGGCCGCCUGGAGUCUGGUAAAGUUGACCAGUCAGAUGGAUCCUUCCUUGAUGAAGCACAGAUGGAGAAGGGGUAUGUCCUGACUUGCAUCUCCUAUCCCAGGGAAGACUGUGUCAUUCACACUCACAAGGAAAGUGAGCUUUAUUGAUUGCCAGAAUGUGCUGCAACUUAUGUUUGAAAUGUCUCAGGAACUACAUGUUUCUGGAUUUGCAUUUUGUUGCCUAGAAGGUUCUGUUAUUACUGAAAAUGCUUAUUUGACUUUCUGAUCUGUCAGCUGUUUAGGAUUUUAUAUUCAAUGUCAAAAUUUUGCUCCAGCUGAUAUGAAUGUGGUUAUUGUGGAGCAGUUCAAGUAUCUGACAACACCCAAUUAAAU